AUGCGUUGCCGCCCUGAAGUCUUUGAAAGUCCAUGCCUGAGGGCUUUAUUGGACUUCGUGGUCCCAAUCAUCAAUGUGAUUCUGCAUGCUCCUUGCAUGGAGUGCCGAAAGCUGCUUUGGGAGAAUUUUGUCCUCGACGCGGUCAAAAACGAUGUUGCCUUCGGGCAUCUCUUCUUUUGGGCGCUGAGAGCAGUGGAAUCUUCUCCGCAGGCGAAGGUAGCAGUGCAGACGGACGCCAAGCGACGGAUGCAUGCAGUGCAAGGCACCAUUUGCUCCAAGGCACAGCUCAAGCUCACGCUUCGGCAUCUCAAGGAGGCCAAUGAGGCGGUCCGGAAGGGCGAGCGACUCCCCGAGGUGCCAAAGUCUGACCCCAACAAGGAACUGCACUCAGAAGGCUUCGCGCUUUGCACUGUUCCUCAGGAAGCUUUGAAUUGCUCCACGAAUCCGGUUGGUUGGAGAACUUGA